GUUUUCUUGCAGACGUUUCAUUACCCAACUAGGUAACAUCAUCCAUUUUUUUCUACUGUACAGUUUUAAUUGAUCCUACAAAGAGUUCUAUGGCCUUAUAGUCCAUUUGAGGUGAUCCUCAAUCAGCAGUGAGCGAGUCAUUUUUAGAGGCCUUUCCUUUCCCCUUUCACAGUGUCCGUGGGUCAAAAUGGAGAUUGUGGGUCCUUGGUGACUGAGCUUGGUUUACUUUUUGCAGACAUUUCGUGACCAAACUAGGUAACAUCAUCAGUCAGACAGGGUUUCUUAAUUCAGCAACUUUUAAGAUGUGUGGACUUCAGUUCCAGGAAUUCUCCGGCCAGCCAGUUGUUGAAGCCCACACAUCUUAAAAGUUGCUGAGGCUGAGAAACACUGCACUAAAAGAUUUCCAUAUCUUGUCAUCCCUCGUCUUCUGCUUCCUUUAAUAUUCUUCUUUCCUUUACCUCUUUUCAGAAGAUUUGGUCUUCCACGCUGGACCAUCUUCUAACAUUCUCCCUCUCUCAAAAUAACAGGCCAUUUUGCUGAGAAUCACCCAGAGGGAGGAUUUUUUACUGUAGAAUCUUGCAACCAAUGGAGAUCAAGCCCCAGAUCCUGCUCUUUCUGCCCUUACCCAUGUUCUUUUGGUUCCCGGGCAGUUUCACGCUGCUAGAAACAGACGGAGGCUGGCUGACAAGCAGGCACGCCGCAUUGUCAGAAGACGGCAGCUGUACCGUGGAGAGACGAGACUCGUCCCUAACCUUUGCCCAGUUUAUUCAACAGUAUGCCUUCUCUCGGCCAGUAAUUCUUCAGGGAUUAACGGACAAUACCGAAUUCCAGGCUCAAUGCACCAAAGACCAGCUGCUGGCCAGAUUCGGAGAACAUCUGGUUCGUCUCAGUACCGCCAACACCUACUCGUACCACAAAGUGGAUCUACCCUUCCAAGAGUACGUGGAUCAUUUGCUGGAACCACAGGAUCCGUCUUCCCUUGGAAGUGAAACGCUCUACUUCUUCGGAGACAAUAAUUUCACUGAAUGGGGGUCUCUCUUCAAGAAGUACAACCCACCACCUUUCGGGAUUCCAGGCACCACGGGAGCAUACAGUUUUGGGAUUGCGGGCUCCGGUUCGGGGGUGCCAUUUCAUUGGCACGGGCCUGGCUUUUCGGAGGUCGUCUUUGGGAGGAAGCACUGGUUCCUGUAUCCUCCGGAGAAAACGCCAGCAUUCCACCCCAAUAAGACGACCCUGUCCUGGUUCCUGGAUACGUACCCUUCCUUGCCGCCGUGGGAGAAGCCGGUGGAGUGCACCAUCCACCCAGGAGAGGCAGGUUGCUGCAGGGCAUGUACAGACUGGGCUUCCAGGCAGAAUGCGCCAACCACGCCGAGGGAGGAAGGAAAGGUCUUCUAAAAAGCCGUUGCAUCCGGAGUCAUUCUCGCUUUCCUUCCAGGUUCUUUAUUUUCCGGACCGCUGGUGGCACGCGACCCUCAACCUGGACACCAGCGUUUUCAUCUCGACCUUCCUGGGUUAGCAGCUCCACCUGACACCUCCUCUAUGAUGGGACUCUCGCCCAUCAUUCCUUGUGCAAAGUGAUUGGAUCUCUUGGCCACUUCAAAGCUCCAGGCUGGUCUACCCAUUGAAAGUUGCCCCAAUCUCCCCUUAAGGCAGCAGUUCUCAACCUUUCUAAUGCCGCGACCCCAUAAUACAGUUCCCCAUAUUGUGGUGACCCCCAACCACUUAUACAUCACCGGGUGCCAGGGGCGUGGCCAAAGGGGG